AAUCGAAAGCACGAAACUACAUGCCCUAAGUUACAUUGACUAUUGUUUUGCGCAAACCUUUUAUGACGCCAAUAGUACCCAUUUAAAACAAAACAUAUACGUAGUUGAACCGACACAAAUUCGGUGCCUAUAUGUCCAGUAAUUGUGUAUCCUUGGUGUAUUGUCAACGCGAUCCAACACAAACGGUCAAAUAACUGAAUGUCAUUUAAAUUAACACGCUGUUGUAAAAAUAACUGUCUGGAUCGGUCCACCAUAAACGAUCAGUAAAUGCCAAAUAAACGUACUUGUAGCCAAGAUUUACAUAGGCGUCGGCUAGAACAACAAGCGCUUGAGAUGUCAAUCAACGCGAUGACGAUGUUAAAGUUCUAGUACAGUUUGAGACACUGUGGGCGUGGUCUAUCAGGACAAGUUGGGGCAAAACACUGCGAUGAAAGAUAGAUGCGCUGCUGCGAUCUACUGAUGAAGUGUGGACUAAAUGUGCGAAUAUUUUCGUGGACCAAUAGCGCACUCGCAACAGUUGAAAUUGUCAGCACGACAUUUAACAAUGAAUACUAAACUACUGAGCGGCUCACAUGACAUUAGUGACGCCGAGUUGGAAAAUAUACAAUCGGAGCGCCUCGGCUCAGCGAACCCUCAGCCUCUUCCGGAUUCAGAAUCCAGCGUCACGGGGAAACUCUCCAUCUCCAAGAAAUGUGCGGUGGAGCGGUUGGUUGCCGUGUGCGCAGUGGAACCUGCUACGACCGGUUCUCCUAGGAAGCGGAGGCGACCGGGUCUGGGCUGGAACCCGAUGGAGAGGUUCUGGCGCACUCACCUGGCAGUGACGCAGGUGUGUGCCCAGACCUGGUGCGAGCUGCAGGUGGCCUACGGGUUCGAGAUCCCACACGUGCUCACAGGGCAGCAGGAGAGCCCGGAGAUGAAGGCUGGAGCUGACAUUCACCUGAGCAGAGGUAAACGGCAGCGCCUGAGCAGAGAGCUGGAGGUGCAGAGGGUGGUGUCUGUUCCAGCGCUAACCAGAGAGGACAGACAGGCCGUCUCCUUCCUCAACCUCCUGAGUAUGAUCCCAGCCCUGCAGGCAGGGCUUCGGGUGCGGGAGCUGCCUGUGUUUGGCCUGCUGGAGGGCGUGUUCCUGAUGGGGGUGAUCGAUGAGCUGUGCUACAGCGAGAGAGGGGAGCUGGUGCUCUCAGAGCUGAAGACCCGCCGUCUCCACACCCUUCCUGCCCCUGCACAGGUCAAAGGUCACAGCUUACAGGUGCGGCUGUACAAGCUGCUGUUUGAUUCGCUGGUCCGGGGGGAUCUGCAGAGGGAACAUGUGAUGUCUCACCUCCACCUGCGUCCCGAGCGAGCCCUGGGGCCGGGGGUGCUGGAGCAUGCUGGAAAACUGAGUCUUCAGGUGUCCACAUUCGGGGAGCUGUUGGAUCUUCUCAUCCUGAACCUGACGUACUGCGAGCUGCCCGCAGUCGACCGGCUGAGCCUGGAGUACUGCCACCAGGGCACGGGCGCGCCCAUCAGCUCCCAGGACGUUCCAUUCGCUGAGGGCCAGCUGAGGGAGGAGCUGCGGGACUACCUGGCGUAUUGGACAGGUCAUCGUGAGCCCAGGGGUGUGGAUAUCGAGGAGGUGUGGAAGUGCAGCUCCUGCUGCUAUCAGCAGCACUGUGAGUGGAAACCAGGAGAGUCAACUGCCACAGGGACCACGUCCGCCUACAAGGUGACCACGCCCCCCAAGAAGACCACACCCUCCUAGAUGAUACAGGCCACCCCCAGCAGGACAUGGGACACACACAAUAACCACAACAAAUAACUAAUCAUGCAAUGAUCACCGGAAACUCUAUUCGGCCUGCUUUGCAGUGUCUGUUUUUAAUCAGGGGCAUGAACUACAUAUCUUUGCUGAGGUCAUUGCUCUUUAGCCGAAGGAGAUGCCCACAUUUUCUGUCAUUUUAAUUAGUAGUUUAUACUGAUUUUAUGCAAGCUAUGUUUUUGCCCACUGAACUCAAAUGUUUGUCUGAUCAUGUAGUUCUGUAUUUGAUGGUAUAAACAUGAUAUGUGUUUGAGGAGAGAGGUGAUUCAGUGCAGCAGAUUAUUGUGGAGUAUGAAAGCAGAGGUCUGUAUGAGUCGCAUUAUUUAUGUUGAAAUCCCAGUGUUUAUGUUUUUGUCUAGUGAAUGGGUAUAUGGAGCCUAUGCCUUCCUAUCAGUGUUGUGUGUAGCUUAUACAGGGAAGAUAUUGCAUUACAUUUAGCUAAUUUAGGAAAUUGAGUAUAUUUUAACCUUGAAAAACACACAAAACUCCCUCACACUGCAUUGUGCAAAACAGCCUUUAAUCGAGGAGAGAAACGUUUUGGAAACAAUCCUUCCUCCGUGUCUUGGGUAAAAACAAUGACCAACCACUGAUCUGUUACAUUCGUGGCUGUGCAAUACUAAUUAUGCCUGUAGUAGAAACGAUUGUGCUUCACGUCCAUUAAUGAAAUUGUGUUGACUCAUGAAAUCUGUGGGUUAUUUAAAUGGUACCGCAGUAGAGAUGGAAACUGCAGAGUGACAGUGUUCCAGGGGCUGAUUAAAGGGAGCAUCCCCGUCUGCCGCUUUCAGGCAGCAGCCUGUGUAUUUUCAGCUGCAGAGGGAGUGACGCAAAUCAAACUUUCUGUGCAGGUGAGAAAAAUAUAAGAAAUGCUAAGACAAAACCUGUUUACUCAAUGACCACAUUCACUUAUUGUUUAAUUAAAUAAUGCAUUGAUAAGUUGCUAUCAACUAUACUUAUUGUUCAUAUACUGUGCAGUCUGUAGGUAUUUUGACAGUGGUAUAUUUUUUGUUCUUUUGGCUCUGUACUUCAACACAUUAGAUUUGAAAAGGUAGGAAUGCAAAUUGUCACGUUUAAUUAGAUGGUACAUGUGUGCGUAGUCCAUCCAUUUUUGGGGGCCAAAAGUUAUUGGACAGCUUCUUGGCUGUUUCUGAUUAGUUGAGUGUAUUCAAUUGCUUCGAUAGUGUAGGAAUAAGAAAGCUUUCAGUAUCUAGUUUGGUUCUAGGCUUUUGAUUGCCUAGAAUUGAUUAUUGUUUUCCCUAGUCUGUUAUUGACAUUCGUCAACACAGAGCUGUUACAAUGAAAGUCAAGGAAGCCAGUAUGAGACCGAGAAAUAAGAAAAAAACAAGACCCAGGCUUGCCAAAACCAAAAAAAUGAAGAAUAAGGAUUGCUGUAUGUUUGGGAUCAUUGCCUUGCUGUUGGGUGAAGCACUGUUCAAUGAGUUUCGAGGCAUUUGAGUGAACUUGAGCAGAUGUACACUUCAGAAUUCAUUCUGCUGCUGCUAUCAGCAGUUACAUUAUCAAUGAAGGCAAGUGAACUAGCACCUGUGGCAGCCAUAUAUGGCCAAUUUACUGGAGUUAUCAGAACAGGUUGAGAAGCCAACUGUCCAAAUAGAUUUAGUCCCUUAAAAUGGAGGGACAAUGUAUGAAAAAGGUGUAAUUCCUACACAAAUCACCCUUUAUGGAUGUAAAUACUCUUAACAAUAGGUAAUUUCGGACUUCUAAUGAUCAAGAGAGGAAUAGCAGUAACACACACUUUCAAACCACAACACUGUUUAUCCCCCCCCCCCUUCUCUGUGAAUGUGCUGACGUUGAAACGCAAUUGGCUGUGGCAAUUCUAUCCAAUUUUCAACCAAUGAGCUUCAAUUAUUGUACAGUUAUACAAUGUUUUGGUACAGAGUGUCGGGCUGUCAACUGUAUAUUUUGAAACCAGAAUUUAAGGACUAUAAACACAGGCAGAGGGUGAGUCAACAUGUCAGUGAGCCUUUUUCAAUGCUAGGAAGGGAUUUACAAUGGUCUUGUAACAAUGUUUUAACACUAAAUUCUUGCCUAUUGAACCUUUAAAUUGAAUGUGACGAUCUGCAUUUUGACCUCAUUUGUUUUUCAUUGCUUCAUUUCAAAUCCAAUGUUUUACAAUUGGUACUGAGCCAAAAGAACAGAAAUGUACCACGGCCAAAACACCCAGACUGCGCUAUAAAUGUUAUUUCCUGAUUAAAUAUGUACUUAUUAGUUAAACAUAUAAAUGUGUUACUUAAUCAUUAACCCCUGUGACCUGGUUUACUGAACCAUUUCCCAUAAUGCUUUUUCCAUUUUCUGUUACAUUGUUGACAUUAACCAACAAAAUUAAAUCUGUCUAAACUUGA